AUGGAGCACUCGAGGUUGUGGGACCUUCGUUCCGAAGUGCGGGAACGUCGCUUCAAGUGGACUUCAGACGGCCAACGACGACAACCACAACAACAGCAACAACAACAACAACAAUUGGGGUGGUGCAAUAACAAGGACGAUCCACCAAAUUCACACCAGAAAUCAAAAAGCAAUAAUGAUGCUCGAAAUCUGAACAGCCGGAUCCGGGUCCGGGACCGGGUCCGGGUUGAAUCCGGGCUGCCUGGCGAGAUGCGGACGGGAGGUGUGAACUGUUCCACGGGAUUGUUCUAUAUUAGAGAGGAUUAUUGCGAAAUAUAUUGUGGUGAAUUUGGCGAAAACGGAACAUGCUCAAUAUCUAAUAAUAUUGUAACCACUGAGGAUUAUCAAAUGAAAUUAGUUUUUCUUGUUCUACAUAUCCGUUGGACAGACCCAGUGUUUCACAAGUGGAAUAUUUACAAAAUAGGUAAUGAAACGGAUUACGAACUCAUUAAAAUUUCUGUGCAAGGAAUUCGAAGUGCAGUUGAUAAGAGAAUAAUGCCCGGCGUACAUUAUCUUGGCCUAGUUGGCAUUCGGGAAAUUAAUGGCUAUGAUAUUUACCUUUCAUCCAUGCUGAUAACUGAGGCGGAUGUACAUUACAUAAAUGGACCGCAAGUUGUAACUCUUAAAUAUUUAUAUGACAAUCCAAACAAUUCUAUGAUUACAAACAAUUACAUUCGGAAGACCAUGAACAGCACCAAGCAAAUCAAAAUUUAUAAUCCCAAUACUUAUGAAAAAUCAACACUAACAAUUGAAGAAAAUGUUUUUCAUGAAAAAUAUAACAUGAGCACCCUAACAUUUACUGGACUAAUUUUGGAAGGUUUGACGGAAAGGACCUUUGAAAAUUUAACCAGCUUACGUUAUCUUUUUUUCGAAAAUGUUGUUUUAAAAGAUCUUUCGUUUUUGAGAUCUUCGACGCUUCAGAGAUCACUAAGAUAUUGCAUUUUGAAUGUUGAGAAUACGGUGGACUUGAAGAGCUUUGAACAAUUCACGAAUCUUGAAAUCAUAGAAGUUAGCCGGUACAAAUUAUUUAAAAAUCUUACUGCUCUCAUAUGUGACCCAUAUACAAGUCACUGUCUAUUUACAUUCGGAAUUAAUAAGGUUGCAUGCCCCUCGCAAUGCAAUUGCACAUAUAAUCGAGAAAAGUUCCAGCUAGAAAUUGAUUGUUUGCUGAAAAAUCUAACAAAUAUUCCAUCGUUACCAGUUCCGAAAAAGGGAGAUUCAGCUCUUUUCUUUCAGUACAACCUGUUGGCUGAACUCCCCAAUAACACGUUGGAAGGCUAUAAAGACCUAAAAAGCUUGGACGUGUCAUACAACCAACUAACUAGUCUAAGCAUAAGCCAACUGCCUGAAAGACUUUACCAUCUGGACAUCAGACAUAAUAGAAUCACUACCCUAAGCCCACAGGUUGUUGAUUAUCUUUUCAGUGUUAGUACUUUCAAUCAGUUUGGCAACAAAUGGAAUAUCUACUGCGACGAUUACCAUUUACAAGAUUUCCUUUGGUAUAGAGAUAGAUUGUUACGGAUAGUACCAUCCAAAUUUGAGGCCAUAAUGGAAUAUAUGGAAGUAAGUUCAAACGCUUCAUACUUGGGUAAUUUUUUUGUUGAAGAUAAAGAUAAAUUGUACCUAGAAGCAAAUGAAGAUGCCAUUAUAGGUGCACUUGGUACUUCGAAUGAAAACUCUAAUUCAAAGUUAAUGGAAACUUUAAAUCACGUCAUUUGGCUGUUUUCGGGGGCGUACGAUGAAAUUAUUCUCCACCAUCUCAACGCAUCCUGUCCUUACAGAUGCCUUUGUUGUUUCGAACGGCAAACGGGUGAAUUCCUUAUAAAUUGCCAGAAUUUAACUCUUGACUUGUAAAAAAUCACGAACCCAGAAUCCUUAAUCGUUUCUGGUCAUGCCUCUAUACAGAAAUUGCACAUGUCCCAAAACCUGCUAAGAGAACUUCCACUCCACCUGCUUCCAGAAAACAUAACUUACCUAGACGUACGCAAUAAUUUCUUAAAGUAUCUGGACGAUGGUGUGGUAGCCUUCCUGGAACAUCGAGAGAACAUCACCAAGACAGAACUUUCUGGGAACCCGUGGGAAUGUAAUUGCAGGGCAAAGGCCUUCCUAUCUUUUCUCAGGCGGCAUGAGCCGUUGGAAUACGAAAUAGUCCUGCGCCGCGCUAACAUAACUCAGGAUAGGUGUCCUGUAGACUGCAUUUGCUGCGUCGACAGCUCCAAUUCCGAUGCGCUCACAUUGAUGAUCGACUGCAGUGGAAAGAAGCUACGCGAAAUACCACCAUUACCCACGCCGGCAUUUGGACAAACAACUCUCAUCUUUGAGAGAAAUAAUCUCGAGAAAUGGCCAUCCAGCUUGCUACCAGGACUCUCAAGUGUGACACGAUUUUAUUUGGCCAACAACAGUCUUGCCCAUAUUGAGCAACUACCAGGAAAACUGGAACACCUGGACAUCAGUAACAACAAUUUCUCGGCUCUAGACGAUCGAGUACGGGUAUUGCUCCAGGAGAGAAUGAGUUCAUCCCAGAUGAAACUAUCACUUUUUGGAAAUCCGUGGACUUGCACUUGCGAGCAGAAGGACUUUCUGCAAUUCGUAAAGGAGCAAGCCAAAAAUAUUGCAAACCCUUCAGCUAUACAAUGCGGGGAUACAGGAAGGUCGCUACUUGAGGUCGAAGAGACUGACAUAUGCCCCUCGGUCCUUAUCUACUAUACCUCCCUCGCCGUCUCUUUGCUGGUCAUCGCCCUGUCCAUUAACGUAUUUAUCUGCUUCAGGCAACCCAUAAUGAUCUGGUUCUACGAACACGAAAUAUGCCUUAGUUUGGCCGUUCGCCGGGAACUCGACGAGGACAAGAAAUACGAUGCAUUCCUAUCAUUCACCCACAAGGACGAGGAGCUCAUCGAAGAGUUCGUUGAUCGCCUGGAGAACGGCAGGCACAAGUUUAGGCUGUGUUUCUACCUGCGAGAUUGGCUGGUGGGCGAGUCCAUUCCCGAUUGCAUCAACCAAUCUGUCAAGGGCUCCAGGCGCAUUAUCAUCCUGAUGACGAAGAACUUCCUGAAGUCCACCUGGGGUCGCCUCGAGUUCAGACUAGCGCUACAUGCAACAUCCAAGGAUCGGUGCAAGCGCCUGAUCGUAGUCCUUUAUCCCGACGUGGAAAACUUCGAUGAUCUGGACAGUGAGUUGAGGGCUUACAUGGUGCUGAAUACCUACCUGGAGCGAAAUAAUCCAAACUUCUGGAACAAGCUAAUGUACUCGAUGCCGCAUGCCAUGCCAUUGAAGAGGAGUCGUUCUGAUGCAGAAACAAAGGUAUAA